AUUCUGCUGUCUGUCGAUCUCUGUGGCAGACAGUAGAAGGGUGCGCCGAACAUGUUUCAUGUGUGUGUAGUGCAGACAAUUUUUUUGUUGAAAAUGUGUUUUAUACCUUAAACUAGUGUGAUAUUAGUGUUAAAUCAGGCAAUCAUCACCGCGGACUGUAAUGUGUUUCAUACGUUUCCCCGUGUACACCUAAGCACACACACACCACGAAAACCAUCAUUAUUUUGGUAAUCAUUCUUGAACAACAAAACUCAAAAUGGCGCAUCAAAUGCCCCCAUCGGUGAACUGUUCGCUGGACGAAAUCGACCUAACCGCCCUCAAAGAUCCCGCAGGAAUCUUCGAGCUGAUCGAGGUCGUGGGCAAUGGGACCUACGGACAGGUUUACAAGGGUCGACAUACCAAAACCGGUCAAUUGGCAGCCAUCAAAGUUAUGGACGUCAACGAGGACGAAGAAGAAGAAAUCAAGUUGGAAAUCAACGUGCUCAAGAAAUAUUCGAACCACCGCAACAUCGCCACCUACUACGGGGCUUUCAUCAAAAAGUCGCCCCCCGGAAAGGACGACCAGUUGUGGCUGGUGAUGGAAUAUUGCGGAGCAGGUUCUGUGACCGAUUUGGUUAAAUCGACGAAAGGUCAGUCGCUGAAGGAGGAAUGGAUUGCCUAUAUUUGUAGGGAGAUAUUGAGAGGACUGUCCUACCUGCAUUCGAACAAAGUCAUCCAUAGGGACAUAAAAGGACAAAAUGUUUUAUUAACUGACAACGCCGAAGUUAAAUUAGUCGACUUCGGUGUUUCGGCUCAACUUGACCGAACGAUAGGCCGCCGCAACACUUUCAUAGGCACCCCUUACUGGAUGGCACCCGAAGUAAUCGCCUGCGACGAAAAUCCCGAUGCAACUUACGACAAUCGAAGCGAUCUAUGGUCCCUAGGUAUCACAGCAUUAGAAAUGGCCGAAUCGCAGCCACCCCUGUGCGAACUGCACCCAAUGCGGGCCCUGUUUUUAAUUCCGCGCAACCCUCCGCCCCGAUUGAAGAGCAAAAAGUGGAACAAGAAGUUCCACGGCUUCAUCGAAACAGUAUUAGUCAAAGAUUAUCACGAACGUCCGUACACGGAACAGCUGCUGAAGCACGCGUUCAUCAGGGACCAACCGACCGAACGGCAAGUGAGGAUACAGCUGAAGGAUCAUAUCGAUAGGUGUAAGAAGAGGAAGCAGGAGAAGGAGCGGGAGGAUUAUAGGUAUUCGGGGUCGGAGAACGAGGAGGAGGAGCCCCAGAUCGCCGGAGAGCCGAGCAGUAUCGUGCAGGCGCCGGGAGGUGACACUCUGCGCCGGAAUUUCCAGCAGAUACAGGAAGGACGCACGCUUAGCCAGAACGUGGAGCCGCCUCCGAGAAGUGGAAGAAACAAAGAUAAAGACGAAAUUCCAGAACCUGGACCGCCCGCAAGACCUCCCAUUCCCCAGAUUCCCCAAAGGGUGAUAGUUGUUCCAGAUCCAGCACCACCACGAAGUUUUGCUUACAGACCACUGCCCCCACCGCCCGAUAACAAUUUCGGAAGAUCGCAGCAAAUCCAACAAAGGAAUUCGCAGUCGCAACACAUUUUCAAACCUAUGGGUCCUGCACGUAAGCCUGAGGAAUUGGACGCUCUGGCAGCUCACUUAAACGAACUCGGCGUCCAGCAACCCUCGCAACCCGAAGCGCCCCCUAGAAACAACCGCAACAACAAACAAUCACAGUCGGCCGUCAACAACAACGUCUCCACCCCGGGCUCCGCCAGCAAUCACACACCCAACUCAGGAAAUCAAGCAAUCGGCGGUAAUAUAUUAGAUUCAGUAGUAGACAGUGAGACCGACUCGGAACCGGAAGACAACGGACGUGCCCGAAACGACGGUACCUUGUUGGCUAGUGAUCCCCCGAAACCUCUUCCCGAAUUUUCUUACAGAGCUGGUUUAGGAGUAGUGCCUGAAAGUACCGCAAGUGUGUCUAGUCCUGGAGCCACCGGUUCCGGAUCGAGUUCCGGGAGCGCCCCCAACAGACCCCUGCCCCCCACGCCUGACGAUGACGAGUCUCAAGGUGACAAAACGUUGGUCCUGCGCAGGCAGUCUGCAGCCAGUCUAGUAAAGACCACAACCACUAACGUGGAAGAUAUCGACGAAGCCACAUUGCUGAAAGAAUGGGACUUCGAAAAAUUUUUCCCAUCGUCGAAAUACAAAAGUCCAGAAGAAACAAAAUCGAACAACGGCAGCAAGCAACCGAUAAAAGACAAAAAGGGUCCGACCCAUCGACGCAUGGAUAGCGAUUCUAAAAUCAACCCGUUCUUCCGCGGCUUCCGACGGGAGAACUCUGAUUUUUUCCCGUUGAGUUCGCGUCACUCGGCCGUUUUUUCCGAUAAAAAUGUGCGCUCGAGUGGUAUUUUUAACAACAGACGCAGUUCAGAGGCUGGUCUGAACAAGAAAACUAACGGCGAACCGGUCCUUAUGGAUUACGUCAAAAGGACGGAAUCGCCGAAAAAUAAGGACUAUGGGGUUAUUAGCGCGAAGGAAAACAAUAUAGGGUUGUUGCGGGUGGACGGUAAUUUCGUUAAGCCACGAAGAGAGAAGACGGAAUCGGAUAUCGUUUUGCGAAAUUCGGACGCUAGGAGGAGCGUGAGAGAGAGUUUAGAGGCGCGCAGGCGCGAAGUUGAGGCGCAGUUCGCCAAGGAGGUGGAGAAUAUGAGGAAGAGAAAUUCGAGACCGAUCGAAAUUAACCCUAUUUCUUUGUCGACGCCUACUAAUUCUAUUGAUGGCGACGAGUAUUUGUAUAUACAGAACGGUAGAAGUAGCGACCACUCACGUCAAAGCAACGUUUUACCCGAUCUCCUUAGUCAGGCCAGUGGCAGUCCGGGUACACCUUCGGCUAGAGAUAAGUCCCAGAGUGAAGAGUACCGUCAGGCCGUCUCUCCCCACGUUACCCCCUCCCCUAACAAACUAUCAACACCCCUUAACGCAAACGCUCUUGCCUUGCAACAGAAACAGCGAUCGUUCCUCACGUUCGGCUUCGGCGCCGGUUCGGCUCAGAGUCGGCGAGAAUCGCACGUGAACGUGAACGUCACGCCAACGAGUCAUGACAUUUCCUCGGACACCCCCGAAAUCCGAAAAUACAAGAAGAGGUUUAACAGCGAGAUCCUGUGUGCUGCACUUUGGGGUGUCAAUCUUUUGAUCGGAACGGAGCACGGCCUCAUGUUGCUCGACAGGAGCGGUCAAGGGAAGGUCUAUCAGUUGAUAUCGAGGAGGCGGUUCCAGCAGAUGGAGGUGCUGGAGGGGCAGAAUAUCCUCGUCACGAUUUCCGGAAAGAAAAAUCGCGUUCGGGUGUAUUACCUCAGCUGGCUGAAGAGCAAGAUCCUCAGAACGGACGGCGUGAGCGACCAAGUGGAGAGGAGGAACGGGUGGAUCAACGUGGGUGAUCUUCAGGGUGCUGUCCAUUUCAAAAUAGUCAAGUAUGAAAGGAUCAAGUUUCUGGUGAUAGCGUUAAAAGACAGUAUUGAAAUUUAUGCGUGGGCACCCAAGCCGUACCAUAAAUUUAUGGCGUUUAAGUCGUUCUGCGAACUGACGUACAGGCCGCUUCUGGUCGAUUUGACGGUGGAAGAGGGCACGAGACUUAAAGUGAUAUACGGCAGUGCUGACGGGUUUCACGCUGUCGAUUUGGACUCGGCCAGUGUUUAUGAUAUCUACUUACCUAAACACACGCAAAGUGCUAUCUCUCCACACUGUAUAGUUACUUUACCAAAUAGUAACGGAAUGCAGCUGUUGCUUUGUUAUGAUAACGAAGGUGUAUAUGUGAAUACUUACGGUAGAGUGUCCAAAAACAUGCUAUUGCAGUGGGGAGAAAUGCCCACGUCAGUGGCGUACAUCGGCACGGGCCAGAUAAUGGGCUGGGGCAAUAAGGCAAUCGAAAUCCGUUCAGUGGAGUCGGGCCACCUGGACGGCGUCUUCAUGCACAAGAAGGCUCAGCGUUUGAAGUUUUUGUGCGAACGUAACGACAAAGUAUUCUUUUCGAGCGCCAAAAGCGGUUCCAGCUGUCAGAUCUACUUUAUGACCUUGAAUAAGCCCGGCAUGGCCAACUGGUAGUAACCUCAACUUUUAUAACAGUUAAUAUCAAGUGUAAUUAAUAGUUCGUUUGUGAUCAGUGAACCGAAAACGAGAGAGAGAGCGAGAGAAAGGAUUCAUUAAAAAAGUAAAUGAAGUAUGGGAGAGUAAGGAGACGGGCAAAUAGUACAAUGUAAUUUAGAUCAAAUUGAACAUAACUAAGUCGGAUUGGCGCUAAGUUCGGACCGGCCGAUUCGAGAUUGAAAAAGUAUUUGUAUGGGGUUACAUGAGGUGUCGCCGAUUUCUGAAGUAGUUCCUUCGUUUUAUUUGUUUUACUGUUGGUAACAAUAAUCGAAGUACAAUUCCAGUUUUGGUCAGCAAUAAUUGUUUAAAAAACGGACUAAAUCAAAGCGGAACUAUUCAAAAAUCGCAUCAAUGAAGUAGUAUCGGUGCCAAGAGGAUGUUAGUGAACUGAUAAAUGCUCACUAAGAAACUAGUUAAGUCCAAUUAUUAUAAAAAAUAUAUUAGCUUAAUGUGACUAAAGUUCGGCAAUUGGUUCUUGGCGAAUUUCGGUCACUUUUUUUUGUACAUACUUCAUUAUUUCUGAUGCCUAGUGCACACAGUAUAGAGACCGUUGUACCGUCUUGUUUCGCUUUUACUUUUGUUUCGAUUUUUCCAUUGAUUGUGGUUGCGAAACGUGCGAUUUUAUACUAAAGUUGAAUUAGUAAUAAAAUGGUUUUUUUUUUGGGUGCAAUGAAGACUGUAUAUUUACUAUAAUUUAUAUGUAUGACCAAUGAUCUGGAGGUCUCCUCUUAGCCAGUUGUUCUUUUUAUUAUAUAUAUUUUUUUGUGGCCUAUUUGUAUGUUAUCUUGCUUUUCUGCUCUUUUUAUAAUAAUUUUCCCAAAGAAUUGGUAAGUGUGAUUUUUUUAUUAUAAAGUUAACAAUUUCUAUAUAAAAUCAUUUUUAUUAUUAAUAUAAUUCCGAACAGUAACGUUAUUAUAAUAUUCUGUAUUAUA